AUGACUAAAAUAUCUUCUAAUGAUCAGACCAAUCCAGUAUUUAAUCCUGCGAAAUUCAUUCAAAAGGAACGUACUACAUCAAAAUUGAAAAUUGAUCAAAUUAAUACUUUUUUGGAAUCAACACCGGAGAGACGUGAUCUAACUCAUAGAUUAAUUCGAGAAAUUACUAAUGAUAGAGUAUUAGAAACAGAUACAUCUUAUUAUGAUUUAAAUAAAUCACAACAACGUGAAAUAACUGCUAAUAAAAUUGCAAGAUUAGCAUUAUAUAUGGAACACGAUAUUAAAACUGCACGUAAUAAUUUUGAAAAUAAAAAUUUAAUUCAAGAUUUACAAAAAAAUAAUGGUAAUGAACCUUUAUUACAAAGUUCAGAUUUUACAAUUUUUGAUAAGAGACUUUCUUUAAUUGCUAAUAUUGAUCCUCAAUUAAGUACUCGUGUUGGUGUUCAUCUUGGUUUAUUUGGUAAUUGUAUUAAAGGGAAUGGUACUGAUGAACAAAUCACUUAUUGGUUACAAGAACGUGGUGCUGCUAUGAUGCGUGGUAUCUAUGGUUGUUUUGCAAUGACUGAAUUAGGUCAUGGUUCUAAUGUAGGUCAAUUACAAACUACUGCAAUUUUUAAUGAAUCAAAUAAUACUUUUACAAUUAAUACACCAAAUUUAACUGCUACAAAAUGGUGGAUUGGUGGUGCAGCUCAUUCUGCUACUCAUUCUGUUGUAUAUGCAAGACUUAUUAUUAAGGGAAAAGAUUAUGGUGUUAAGACAUUUGUAGUUCCAUUAAGAAAUACAAAGACUUUCCAAUUAGAAACAGGUGUAGUUAUUGGUGAUAUUGGAGCUAAAAUGGGUAGAGAUGGGAUUGAUAAUGGUUGGAUUCAAUUUAAUGAUGUAGUGAUUCCAAAGGAAAAUAUGCUUUGUAGAUUUAUUCAAGUAACUAAUAACGGUAAUGGUGACGUAAAAGUUAAAGUACAACCACAAUUAGAUCAAAUCUCUGGCUAUAGUGCUUUGCUAAGUGGUCGUGUCAAUAUGGUUAUGGAUUCUUUUAGAUUUGGAGCUAAAUUUGCUACAAUUGCUACUAGAUACGCUGUUGGUAGACAACAAUUUGCUCCUCAAACAAAGGAUGGAAAAAAUUCAAAUCAAGAAGAAGUUCAAUUGAUUAAUUAUCCUUUACAUCAAUAUAGAAUUAUUCCUCAAUUAGCACUUGUUUAUUUAAUUUCUCCUGUUGCAUUCAAAUUAAUGGAUACUUACUAUAAAACUUUAGAUGAAUUAUAUCAUGUCUCAACAGCAAAGGAUAAUGAUGCAUUGGUCAUUGUUAGUGCUAAAUUAAAAAAUCUAUUUAUCUCAAGUGCUAGUUUAAAGGCUACUAACACAUGGUUUGUUGCACAAUUAAUCGAUGAAUUAAGACAAACUUGUGGUGGUCAUGGUUAUUCUCAAUACAAUGCUUUUGGUAAAGGUUAUAACGAUUGGGUAGUUCAAUGUACAUGGGAAGGUGAUAAUACUGUACUUUCUUUGACUUCAGCUAAAUCUAUCUUAAAGAAGUUUGGUGAUGCAGCACAGAAGGGUAAAUUUGAUUCAAACCUUGAUGGUGAUGAAUUUGGUUAUUUAGAUCCAAGCUUUAUUGCUGAAGUCUAUACUAAUCAAGUUACAGCAGAUAUUAAUGAUGAUUCGGAUUUAGAAAGUUUUAUUCAAGUGUGGGCAAUACUUUUGGUUAAGUCUCUUGUACACAUUGGUAAAGUAUUGAAAAAAAAUAACGAUAUUAACAGUUUAUCAAAACUAUUGGUUCAAAUUUCAAGAUUCCAUGCAAUUUAUUUAAUGUUGAAGACAUUCCAUGAAAAAUUGGAAAAUGAAAAAGAAUCAUAUAUCACUGAUGAUAAUACAAAGGCCACCAUGUGGAAUAUUUUCCGUUUAUUCUCUGUCUAUUAUAUAGACAAAUACUCUGGUGAAUUCUUACAAUUGAAAUUGUUCAAAGCUGACGAUAUCUCAAACGUGAUCCAACCAAAAUUGUUCAAACUUAUGGCACUCAUCAGAACAGAUUGUAUAGCUUUAUCUGAUGCCUUCGAAUUGCCAGACAAUAUGUUGAACGCACCAAUCGGAUUCUUCGACGGAGAUAUUUAUCAUAAUUACUUCAACGAAGUCGUUAAGAAUAAUCCUCAGGAAACCAAUGGAGCUGGUAUCCCACCUUAUUAUAUGGCAUUAACAUCUAUGCUUUCCAGGGAAUAA